CCCGCGUAGAGCCGGCCGGGCGCUCAGGAGCGCGCGGGGCGGCGGCGGCGCGGAGGAGCCAUCCGCGCUCGUGCCCGGGUGGGUGCGUUGCCGCUCUGGCCGCGCCCCUGCCCCGCCGCCUCCCGCUCCUUGCUUGGCGGAUCUAGGUUGUUGGCCUGAGGGGAGCGACGUAGCCGCGGUUUGCGCUGCAGCCGCCAGGCCCGGUCCGGUUCCAGCCUCUGCCCGGACUCUAGCCGGCCUGGCCAUGGCUGACCGCGGGUGCCCGCUGGAGGCGGCGCCGCUGCCUGCAGAGGUGCGGGAGAGCCUGGCUGAGCUGGAGCUGGAGCUGUCUGAAGGUGACAUCACUCAAAAAGGGUAUGAAAAGAAAAGGGCAAAGCUGCUUGCACGUUAUAUACCGCUUAUUCAAGGAAUAGACCCAUCUCUACAAGCAGAGAAUAGAAUUCCUGGGCCCUCACAAACCACGGCGGCUGCACCCAAGCAGCAGAAGUCUCGGCCCACCACCUCGAGGGAUGAGCGCUUCCGGUCAGAUGUCCACACUGAAGCCGUGCAAGCAGCUUUGGCCAAAUACAAAGAGAGGAAGAUGCCUAUGCCUUCGAAAAGACGUUCUGUCCUUGUGCAUUCGUCUGUGGAAACCUACACGCCUCCAGACACGUCGUCUGCCUCAGAAGAUGAGGGCUCUUUACGGCGACCCGGGCGACUCACCUCCACUCCGCUCCAGAGCCAUUCCAGCGUCGAGCCCUGGCUCGACCGGGUCAUUCAGGGCUCGUCCACCUCAUCCUCUGCAUCCUCCACCUCAUCUCACCCGGGAGGGAGACCCACCGCCGCUCCCAGUGCUGCAGCCACGCCGGGGGCCGCCGCUGCCACUGCACUCGCAGGCCUUGAGGCCCACACCCACAUAGCAGAUCUGCAUUCUGCCCCUCCUGAUGUCACCACGGGCCUCGUGGAGCAUUCGUACUUCGAGCGUCCACAGGUGGCUUCUGUGAGAAGUGUUCCUCGGGGGUGCAGCGGGAGCAUGCUGGAAACAGCAGAUGGUGUCCCUGUGAACAGCCGAGUGUCCUCCAAAAUCCAGCAGCUUCUUAACACCCUGAAGAGGCCAAAGCGCCCUCCAUUGAAGGAGUUCUUUGUGGAUGAUUUUGAGGAAUUGUUGGAAGUUCAGCAACCAGAUCCAAAUCAACCGAAGCCUGAGGGAAGUGAGACGAGUGUGCUGAAGGGGGAGCCUCUCACUGCAGGUGUACCCCGACCACCGUCACUGUUGGCCACCUUGCAGCGCUGGGGCACAGCGCAGCCCAAAUCCCCCUGUCUGACUGCCUUGGAUACGACUGGGAAAGCCACCUACACUCUCACCUAUGGUAAACUUUGGAGUCGGAGUUUAAAACUAGCUUAUACUCUACUUAAUAAACUGACAAGUAAGAAUGAACCUCUACUUAAACCUGGAGACAGAGUGGCGCUUGUGUUUCCGAAUAGUGACCCUGUGAUGUUCAUGGUUGCAUUUUAUGGGUGUCUCCUGGCAGAGCUGGUUCCUGUCCCCAUAGAAGUGCCAUUAACGAGAAAGGACGCAGGCAGCCAGCAGGUUGGGUUUCUGCUGGGCAGCUGUGGAGUCUCCUUGGCCCUGACCACAGACGCUUGUCAGAAAGGCCUUCCCAAGGCACAGACGGGAGAAGUGGCAACUUUCAAAGGUUGGCCUCCCCUCUCCUGGCUGGUGAUUGAUGGGAAGCAUCUAGCCAGGCCCCCCAAGGACUGGCACCCUCUGGCCCAGGACACAAGGACUGGGACCGCCUACAUUGAGUAUAAAACCAGCAAAGAAGGCAGUACGGUGGGGGUCACGGUGUCCCACGCAUCCCUGCUGGCACAGUGCCGGGCUCUGACCCAGGCGUGCGGGUACUCAGAAGCGGAAACAUUAACAAAUGUGCUGGAUUUCAAAAGGGAUGCUGGUCUAUGGCAUGGAGUGUUAACAAGCGUCAUGAACAGGAUGCAUGUGGUCAGCAUCCCCUACGCGCUGAUGAAGGCCAACCCGCUCUCCUGGAUCCAGAAAGUGUGCUUCUAUAAAGCUCGGGCCGCGCUGGUGAAGUCGCGAGACAUGCACUGGUCUCUCCUAGCUCAGCGAGGCCAGAGGGACGUCAGUCUCAGCUCACUGCGCAUGCUGAUAGUGGCCGAUGGCGCCAACCCAUGGUCGAUCUCCUCCUGUGACGCCUUCCUCAACGUCUUCCAGUCCAGAGGUCUGAGGCCGGAGGUCAUCUGUCCUUGUGCCAGUUCUCCUGAGGCUCUGACUGUCGCCAUCCGCAGGCCACCUGAUCUGGGAGGACCACCUCCAAGAAAAGCGGUCCUGUCCAUGAAUGGUCUAAGUUAUGGUGUUAUCAGAGUGGAUACUGAAGAAAAGUUGUCAGUCCUUACCGUUCAGGACGUUGGUCAGGUGAUGCCUGGAGCUAAUGUAUGUGUUGUGAAGUUAGAAGGUACCCCUUAUCUUUGUAAAACUGACGAAGUGGGAGAAAUAUGCGUCAAUUCCAGUGCAACUGGCACAGCCUACUAUGGAUUGCUUGGAAUCACGAAGAAUGUGUUUGAGGCAGUUCCGGUCACUGCAGGAGGAGCACCCGUCUUUGACAGGCCAUUCACCAGGACGGGCCUGCUGGGCUUCAUCGGGCCUGACAACCUGGUCUUCAUUGUGGGCAAACUGGACGGGCUGAUGGUCACUGGAGUUCGCAGACACAAUGCAGAUGACGUUGUGGCCACCGCGCUGGCCGUGGAGCCCAUGAAGUUUGUCUACAGAGGCAGGAUCGCUGUGUUCUCCGUGACCGUGCUGCAUGAUGACCGCAUCGUCCUGGUGGCUGAGCAGCGGCCGGAUGCCUCGGAGGAGGACAGCUUCCAGUGGAUGAGCCGUGUGCUGCAGGCCAUCGAUAGCAUCCACCAGGUGGGCGUGUACUGUCUGGCCCUGGUUCCUGCCAACACCUUGCCCAAGGCUCCCCUCGGAGGGAUUCACAUUUCUGAAACCAAACAGCGCUUUCUGGAAGGGACACUGCACCCGUGCAAUGUGCUGAUGUGCCCUCACACCUGUGUUACCAACCUCCCCAAACCUCGCCAGAAACCACCAGAGGUUGGACCAGCCUCCAUGAUCGUGGGGAACCUGGUUGCUGGGAAGAGAAUUGCUCAGGCUUCUGGGAGAGAGCUUGCCCACCUGGAGGACAGUGACCAGGCACGGAAGUUCCUGUUCCUGGCUGACGUGCUGCAGUGGCGUGCCCACACCACUCCUGACCACCCGCUGUUCUUGCUGCUGAACGCCAAGGGCACCGUCACAAGCACUGCAACCUGUGUCCAGCUGCACAAAAGGGCUGAGAGAGUGGCUGCGGCUCUGAUGGAGAAGGGAAGACUGAGUGUUGGGGACCACGUGGCUCUGGUCUACCCACCAGGGGUGGACCUCAUCGCCGCGUUCUAUGGCUGCUUGUACUGUGGUUGCGUGCCCGUCACCGUGCGGCCCCCACACCCUCAGAACCUUGGCACCACACUGCCCACCGUCAAGAUGAUCGUGGAGGUCAGCAAGUCUGCAUGCGUCCUCACCACGCAGGCUGUCACACGGCUGCUCAGGUCCAAGGAGGCUGCUGCCGCUGUGGACAUCAGGACCUGGCCCACCAUCCUAGACACAGAUGACAUCCCGAAAAAGAAGGUAGCGAGUAUUUUCAGGCCUCCCUCCCCCGAUGUCCUCGCAUACUUGGACUUCAGCGUGUCAACCACUGGGAUACUAGCGGGGGUGAAGAUGUCUCACGCGGCCACAAGCGCCUUAUGCCGCUCCAUAAAGCUGCAGUGUGAGCUGUACCCCUCGCGGCAGAUCGCCAUCUGCCUGGACCCCUACUGUGGCCUUGGCUUUGCCCUGUGGUGUCUGUGCAGUGUCUACUCGGGACACCAGUCAGUGCUGGUGCCCCCGCUGGAGCUGGAGAGCAAUGUGUCCCUGUGGCUGUCGGCCGUCAGCCAGUACAAGGCCCGCGUCACCUUCUGCUCCUACUCUGUGAUGGAGAUGUGCACCAAGGGCCUGGGCGCACAGACGGGUGUCCUCAGGAUGAAGGGGGUGAACCUGUCAUGUGUGCGCACGUGCAUGGUGGUCGCCGAGGAGCGGCCCAGGAUUGCGCUGACCCAGUCCUUCUCCAAGCUCUUCAAGGACCUGGGCCUGCCGGCCCGCGCCGUAAGCACCACGUUCGGGUGCAGGGUCAACGUGGCCAUCUGCCUCCAGGGCACAGCUGGCCCAGACCCCACAACCGUCUACGUGGACAUGCGGGCACUGCGCCAUGACAGGGUACGUUUGGUAGAACGGGGUUCUCCACACAGCCUGCCAUUGAUGGAGUCUGGAAAGAUCCUCCCUGGCGUGAAGGUCAUCAUCGCACACACUGAGACCAAAGGACCCUUGGGAGACUCACACCUGGGAGAGAUCUGGGUAAGCAGCCCCCACAAUGCCACCGGGUACUACACAGUCUACGGGGAGGAGGCGCUUCACGCCGACCACUUCAGUGCCCGGCUGAGUUUUGGAGACACACAGACCAUCUGGGCAAGGACCGGCUACCUUGGCUUCCUUCGACGAACAGAGCUCACCGAUGCCAGUGGAGGGCGGCAUGAUGCACUGUAUGUCGUUGGGUCUCUGGAUGAAACUCUGGAGCUCAGAGGCAUGCGGUACCACCCCAUCGACAUCGAGACCUCUGUCAUCCGAGCACACAGGAGCAUCGCUGAGUGUGCCGUGUUCACCUGGACCAACCUGCUGGUGGUGGUGGUGGAGCUGGAUGGGCUCGAGCAGGAUGCCCUGGACCUGGUGGCCCUGGUGACCAACGUGGUGCUGGAGGAGCACUACCUGGUGGUGGGCGUGGUGGUCAUUGUGGACCCAGGGGUGAUCCCUAUCAACUCUCGGGGUGAGAAGCAGCGCAUGCACCUGCGGGACGGCUUCCUGGCUGACCAGCUGGACCCCAUCUACGUGGCCUACAACAUGUGAGCAGCACCCAGCCCGGUGCCGGAGACCAGUGAGCUCCAGCAGUCCAAGGUGAUGUGGGAAGACACUGCAGAGCCCACGCACCGGGACUCGCCCCUUCCUGUGCUCUUACAGAUCCCUCUCAGCAGUUCCCUGCGUCUCCUUUUAGAAAGCACUUCCUGAAGUAUUUAAAGAAAUAUUUUGAAUCUGCCAAGUACAUUUACAAAAACACAGAUGCUGGUAUUUUAACAGAUGGAGAGACAAGGAAAGGAAAGGAAAGGCCUGGCGUGGGCAUUGUGAGGAAUCACAGGCACCGAGGUUGUUCUCUGCUGUACUGCAAGUUUGCACUUUCUUUAGGCUAAAAAUGUAGUUCCUGAUUUUUAAAAUUCAGUUAUUUAUUCCCACUUUAAAUGACAAGUUCAUAUAUAGAAAUUACGGAGAGAAACUUGAGACCAUUUACAGAGAGAAACUUGAUUCUGGGAAGAUAGCAGAGUACAAACCAGCUGCCUCACUUCUGUUUCACAGGGAGGCUUACGGAAAGGAAGCAAGCUGGACCCGUCCUCCCUACUCACAGCACUGUGGUCACACACAGUGCCUCCUCUGCCAGUUUCGUUAUUGAAAGAGGUGUGCUGGCCGGGCGCCACUCGUGGCGCUCGCCUGUAAUCCCAGCACUUUGGGAGGCCAAGGCGGGUGGAUCGUGAGGUCAGGAGAUCGAGACCAUCCUGGCUAACACGGAGAAACCCCGUCUCUACUAAAAAUACAAAAAAUUAGCCAGAUGUGGUGGUGGGCGCCUGUAGUCCCAGUUACUCGGGAGGCUGAGGCAGGAGAAUGGUGUGAACCUGGGAGGCGGAGCUUGCAGUGAGCUGAGAUCAUGCCUCUCGCCACUGCACUCUAGCCUGGGUGACAGAGUGAGACGCCGUUGUAAAAAAAAAAACAAAAACAAAAAACAAAGGUGUGCUGCUUGUCAGCAUAUAUUGUUGUUGUUACGGACACUCAGUAAGUGCCAUUUUGGACUGCCAAGUUUAGAUGCUUUGUUUCAGAAACAUAAGCCAGCAUUUAGUUUUAAAUCACUUUCCUGGUUUGUAACUUGAUGCUGUUUAGUUAAAUUUUCUAGUUUUCCUAACACUACGAUAUUAAUUCUUCUCGUGGAAGUGUACUGAUGUAUUAUUUUUAUUCCAAGUCAGCAGAUUUGGAAGCAUUGGUGGUAAAGUCUAAGGUUUUCAUAUCCAUAGUGCUGUUUGGUGAGUACCAGCAGUACAGUUGAGGGGAGCAGGGAACAGCGUUGCCCCGUAUUGAAGGUGGAGACGGUUACAUUCUUCACUGCCUUUCACAUUUUGAGUUGUGUGCCUAUAAAGUUUGGCCAAACCAUUUUUUUAUUUUGUUCAAACUUGACUAAGCUGAGUGAUCUAAAAUUAUACAGAACCUAAAUCAGAGAAUGUAAAGUCCUUUAGUUACUUCUAAGAAUUUGAAGGCAAGCACGAAUCUAAGAUAUAGAUUAUUUUUAUAUAGCUAAUUAAGAGUAUGUUAUGAAAUUGUUGGGUUUUUGGGGUAUUGAGGGUGGAAAAUUUUGUGAAUCAUGCAUGCUUCACAGAAACAACCAGGUUUUUCCAGAAUUAGUCUGGAUCAGUGCCUAACAAAGCUGUUAUUAAUUCUCCACACGUGAACCUGGCUAACUGGGCCAGCGCUCAUGCUUUACUCCUGUCCGGCUACAGAUAGCACUGUGCAUAGUAGCCCUGUUUGCCCAUGGUGUUGGACUGUGGUAAAGUAUGUUGUGACAUACUGGAAUUCUAAUAACCCUGUUGUAAUUAUGUACAGAAUCUAUGUAACUUAUUGUUGAUAUACAGAGGUUUGGGCAGUAGUCUAACGGACAUUCCUUACAAUAGAAUGGCUGGGAAGGGAAAGAAGAAAAAAAAGCUACCUAACUCCAAUCUUGAUGUUGUAGUUUUAUAGCAAACAAAAAUUGUCAGCUUUUUGUAUUGAAAGGUCAGUGGUGGUAAGACAAGGUGUCUUGUAAAUUAAGAUUUUAAGAAGUGCAUUAAAAUGUUUUAGAGUUACUCUGGGAAUUCUGUAUAUCAUACUAAAAUUUUUAUAUCAUUAUGUUAAUAAAAGUUAUUGACUUUGUAAUUCUGCAUUUUGAAAUGUGUGAAAAGGGUUUUUAAAUUACCCCGAAUAGGAUGUAAUAGGAUGUAUUUUAUUUUGCUUUUUUUUUCCUGACUAUAAAAGCAAUUAUGCUUAUAGCAUAAAAUCUAGAAAGCACAUUAAAGUAUAAAGAAAAUUAAAAUUUCUUGUAAUUCUACCUCUGAGUAAAUAGCAGCAUUCGUAUGUGACAUAAACCCUCUCAGGGAUUUAUUUUUUUUCUUUUUAAAAAUUUUUUACAAAAUUAGAAUCAAGUGCUUUUUUAAAUAAUUUGCUUUUGUACUUAAUAAAUUAUAGACUUCUAAGUCUAUUACAUAUAUUCUUCUACGUUUCAAUGGCUGUAUUUUACAAGUGUGCCAUGAGUAAAUGUAGUAUUUGCUGUAUUGCUGUACAUCAGUGUUGUUUCAACAGGACCACACUGCCAUGAUUAGUUACUGCCUUGAGCUCAGCUCUUAUAGGUAGAGCGAGUGGGUCAGGGUUCACGCCAGGUUGGAAGCUUUGGGUACCUGCUGCCCUCCAGAAGGGAGGAAAAGGCCUCUUUGCAGUUGCCAAGCAACGUUGGCAGUGGACAUGCGCUCAAGGUUAAAAUAACUCUUUAACAGUUUGAUAGGCAAAUAAGUGGUGUGUCUGGUCAUGUUGAAUAUGUCCUUAUUUGUUCAUGGCCAUUUUUAGUUCUUAUCUGAUGUAUUUUGUUCAGAUUUGGCAGUUUUUAUGGUCAAGUUUUUUCUUACUGACAUGUAGGAGUCUCUUUUUAAGAAUUAUAACCUCCAUAUACUUUGUUUUCUUGUGGGUUAUUUGUAUUUUGGUUCUAUUUGUUUUUAAUGCAGGUGGUUUUUUAAAUGUUACAUUUAUGCAAACUAUGUUAUUGUGUUUGAUUUCAGAUUAUGAAUAUAGCUGAUUUAUUUCAAAGUGGUUCUACUGGAAUGAUCAGCAUAAACCAAUGGGGAGUACAUGGCAGAGAAAUAACUAUCCUCCAGUGUUUGCCUGGUUCCUGCCACAGUGCUGGCUUUCAGGCCUUCCAGGCUGUUCUAAAGAAAAGGCAAGGAGACCUGCUGCUGCCACUGUGUCUUGCUGUCAGUAAAUAUCCUCAGUAAAUCACGUGCAUGUUAUUUGCCAUGUGAAAAAAGAACAGGAGGAGGAAGCAUUCCCUUCCUAUCUGAGAUAAUGUUACGUAAAUUUUGGGUCCUAAAGGGUUAGGGAAGGCAUACUCUAUUUAAAUUGGAUACAAUAGCAGUGUUGUAACACUCUGCAUGGCAUUCAUCCUCUUGUUUGAUGUUCAAUUUCAGUAAUGGAGAAUUAAAAGGAAACUACAUGUAAAAUUUCAAAAUUAAUGGUUUUUACAUUUUUGCUUAUUAGUAAAAAAUUUGAGUUGAAGAGGAACGACUUUAAAGUAUCUAAGCAGGUGCCUGGACUAUCCUCCCUCUUCCCUCUUGCUGGUCUGAAAGCCUCAAUCACCCUAAUCCUCACCCAGGUCUUCCUGAAUUCUGCUCUGCUUUUCAGGAUUUAAUGAGAGAACCUUUUCACAUGAGCCUAUGAGAUAUUUCAGAAGGAUCAUUGUGGAGUUUGCUAAGGGCAGUACAGAGUGAGAAAUUGAGAGUUUAUUAGUGUUUAGUGCCUACUAAGUGUGGGGUACGUUAUUCCCCAGAUUCUCAAAGGAACUGAAAAGACCAGAUAUGAAUAUUCAUUUCACAUGCCACUUAAAAAAAGUCAAAAGGAGCACGAGGGAUCAAAUGAAGCUUUGAGGGGAAAAGGGAGCACAGAGGUAUUGUCACUGACCAUCACUGCUAGGUGGGUGUGCCCAGAUGCUGCAGGAGGCUCCAGAUGGAAAUCAGUGGAGUGAAGGCCAUCUACAGGCUUUCAUGCUCUGGUGGAAUGGUACAUAAGUCAAAGAAAAGCAAUUUUUAGCAUUUAUGUUAUUCAGUGAAGGGGAAGGAUUCUGGGAAGAUUGCAGAGUACAAACCACCAGGAAUAUGUCUUCCCUACCUGGACAGUAAUUGCACUGGCAGAAUCUGACGUGACUAUUUUGGAGCUCUGGAGUCUGCUGAUGGCUUGUAACUUCCAGGGCAAGGCUUAGAUGGUAAAUUAGGGUUAAUUUUAGCUCCUGGCACAGUGGCAGCUACCCUACCCCCUGCCCAUGGCAGGCAACUGUGCACGUGUUCCAGGAGCAGCUUGCACAUGGAGCCAGAUCCUUGAUUGCUACUUCUGAUUUUAGAGGGGCAGAUGAGUCCGGAGACCAUUGUUGCACCUCCCCUGAUUUUUGCAAACCCCUCUUCAUCCAGCUUAAAUUACUUCCAUUGCUGUGAUUUAAAGGCCCAGGACCCUUCUCCCCCAACCCUUCAUUUUUCUCAUUUUCUCCUUUUGGGAGCCAGACACUAAAGACUAGGACGUUCAAAAGCACCUGCACAAACCGGGGUGAGGUAGAAAAUGUACCUGUCCAGGGAAAGGGACAGGCUCAGAAAAGAACCAAGAAGACCUUAAAAUGAGACCUCAAGCUGAUCCUUGACAUAGAGACAGCUAAGGAUCAAUAAAAA